AUGAAAGCCGCGACGGGGAGAAGGAGAGGGCGGCGAGUUCCCCGGGGCGAUAUAUCUCAGCUUGCAAAUGUCUCGGAGAACAAGGCAGGAAUCAUACCCGCACCUGAACUAGGUCAGGGUAGCCCGCCAAAUGCGUGGAUCAGUUUUAUUUUCAAUUCGUCACCGACUAUCAUGAGAGUAAAAUGCCGCGUACUCGACUACAUAGCCUCGCAGUAGUUGAAUCAUUUUAGCAAUUGGAGCAACCCGAAUGCAACCUGGUGAUCUCGAUGCAAGGAUAAGCGUCUCAAUAGGUGUCUGUUGAUGUUUAGAUAUUUUUAAAAUUUCAAUGAGAACCACUGAUUCUACAUGAGUCAGUCCAGUACACAAGCCAAGCCGACAAUAAGGACUGACUGUGUAGUGCGAGGCCCCCAGGGUGAUUCGCCAAAAUGACCAUGACCAUAUUACAGGACAGAGGCUCCCAAUCAACCAGCAAUUAUCAUCAGUAACAAU